AUGUACCGCACAAUUCAACCGCCUUCGCACAAUUCUCUUGAUACGAUAACAGGAACGGUGUCUAUGGAGUUUAGCACUGAACCUUUCCGCCCACCAGCCCCAGAAGACACCGAGACUGAAGGCUACAAUGAAACAAAA